AUGGAGGCACAAGGACAUGCUCUCCCAGGAUCUGCUGGAAGUUCUUUGCGGCCGUUCGUCCCUGUAGCCAACUUUUAUUGCAUGGAGCAUCUUCAAUCAGGGCCUCCCCGUAAUAAACUAUGCUUGGACUGCGCUGCAUUUGCUCUCCAUGCCAUAGAAGGCUGGACCAUGGCUGAGGCAAUAAUCAAGGUACGGUACAUUGCCGUCCAGCCGCCCAUGGCUGUGGGAGCCUCGGAGCCCAUGUUCAAGGGCCCGAGCUUUGGGUUGACCGAUCAGCCCCUCCCAGAAAUGCCUUUCUGGUACAAUGGACUGCCUUCCCCGGCUCUCAGUGAUCCCCGGAUCUCUCCUCAAAUGGAAGUCUAUGGAAGAGAGCCUGUGUCUGAGACUCCGUCUCCACGUACUGGGAGUGAGUCUUUGCUUGAGACUCCGUCUCCAAACACUGCCAGCUCAGAUGUCCCAGAGCUUAAAAGAUGCUCGUCCUGUCGCAAGUGGUUAUCAAAGCGACAUUACCUCCUCGUGGGAGGGAAAUUCGCUGCCACGUGCGAGCAUUGCCGCGCAACCAAGCGGCCGUACCAUGUAAGUUUCGCCACCCUUCACCUCACCAACACAGCAGCUGACAACAAGCAGAAGAAGAAGGGUGGCUCUACUGGCCUUCACCGGAACACGCAGCUGUGCACGGCGUGUCAAGAAGAACGUCCCAUCGAGGACUUUGACACGAAGGCCCUUCACCGGCGUAAAUGCCAUCGUUGCCGUGAGGAGGGUCGUCCCGUGGCUCCUGCUCAGGACACAAGCCCACGCCGCCCAAGCAAGGUCUCGCAGAUGCCGCAGGAACCGGGCAAGACCCGAUGCUCCGGGUGUGGUAAGGCUCAGGAGAACAGGUUGUUCUUCAAUUAUAAGUACAACCCUCCCCACAAGCGUAGCACGUGCUCGCCUUGCCGUCAGCGGAAGCAGGAGACAGACCGGAGGAAGAGGGAGAGGCGUGAGGCAGAGGAGUAG